AUGCAAGAAAAUGCACUCAAUAAUAUACCACCUGGUUACAAGUUCUAUCCUGAUGAUGUUGAAUUGAUCGAGUUUUAUUUGAAGCCAAAAAUUGCUGGUCAUAUCAUAAAUCCUGGCCGGAUUCAUCAUGUUGACAUUUACAUGCAUUCUCCUCAAGAACUAAAUGAUACAUAUAAAUACAAAGGAGAGGAACAUACAUACUAUUUUACUCCAAGAAGCAAGAAAUACCCUAAUGGAAAACGUCCUAAUCGCGCUACUGGAGACUUUGGUUUUUGGAAAGCUACUGGAAAAGAGAAUCCAAUAAUAAGCAAUAACACUGUAAUUGGAAAUAGACGGACUUUGGUUUUUUACCAAAAAAAACCUACAGAUGCAGUGAAAGAAGCAGUGAAAACCAAUUGGAUUAUGCAAGAGUUCACAAUUAACAAAGACAAGAAUCUUGCAAGUUCAAGUACAACUCCUCCUUGUAAGUUACUGAAUAAUGUUUCAUUUAUUGUUCACCUACCAGUUCUCUAUGAUUCUCAGAUGCUGUUGGAUGAUUGGGUUCUAUGUAAGAUUUACCAGACUAAGCAUGAGAAGGAAAGACAAACAAAUGUUGUUGCCACUCCAGAAUGUCAACCCGAUCAACUUUUUCAGGCUCAACAGAUGCAAACUCGCAUGUCCACGAAUGUGGUUGCUACUCGACAGUUUGAACCCAACCAAGCUGCUCCAGCUAUACAACCUCACUUGUCCACCGAUCUAGUUCCCACUUUAGAGUGUCAUGCCAAUCAAAAUUCCCAAGCUCAUUAUAUGCAAAAUUCCUUUUCCUCUUCAUUCACUUGUCCAGGUAGUAGCAUGCCCCAAAAUUCAUUUAUUCCUCCUCAUUCUUCACUUCCAUUACAAUCACUUGAUGAUUCGUUGGAGCUAGUUGAGACUCAUGUGGUUGCCACUCCACAAUGUCAACCAAAUCAACCUUCUAAGUCUCAGUUUAUAGAAAAUCCCCAAAACUCAUUUAUUCCUUCCUAUUGUUCACUUCCUCCUCCUAUGCGAUCAGGGGAUUUCUAUGGUUCUUGUGAGCAAAAGGACUUUAAUGAUGUUGAUACCUAUGUGGCUGCCACAAAUGUGGUUGUUACUCCACCGUUUCAAGGCAAUUUUUAUUCUCAGGUUCAAAAUAUGCAAAUGUCCUUUUCUCCUUCUUCCCCUUCCUUAGGUAGUUGUAUAUUCCAAAACUCGGUUAUUCCUCCUGAUUCUCAAUUUCCUGUGCAAACAUCGGAUAAUGAGUACUAUAAUGCGUAUGAGUGCAUAAGCUUCGAUGAUACUGAUGCACAUUUUUGA